AUGGUAAACAAAACCAAAAUCCCUCAACCAUACAUCGAUUACAUACAGAGCGAGUUGGAGAUAGCUUGUGUGGAAAUCUAUGACGGACACGCAUGGAAGGAUUUAAAUAUAUCGUCUAGGAUCCUUAAGACGUGCUCAAUUUGCGGUGUGCGGAACGUAUGGCCAUGGAUAACUACAAUCAAGUGUAAGGAAUGUAAGAUGGUUUGUCAUCGACAAUGUUUGGCCGAAAUCGAUGAGAAAAUAUGUCCUUUAAUCGUUAACCAUUAUGGUGAAAAUGUAUCGACGAUUUCAAAGUCAAAUAACGAACCGUCUUCCACUGCCCUGAUCACGGGAGAAAUCGACGACGACGUCCUAAUGGCCAUGUACGACUACGAAAACGGCGUUUGUCAUGCUAAAAAAUCGGCGUCAAACGAAGUGUUCUGUCCGCUCGUCGAAAGUAAAAGAUCGUCUUCCGAACCUAGCUAA